UGGUGCGUUUCUCACGACAGUGGACGAAAGCGGCUUCACAGCUUUCGAGGGUUUUAGAGGUUCACUCAAGCUUGAGACCAUCAAUGGUGAUCGAUAGCAAGAGUAGGGCAUCAGCUUCUCCGACUUCCGCUUGUGCUCAACUUCGAGCUGCCUACAAUGAUUGCUUCAAUCGAUGGUACUCGGAGAAGUUCGCAAAGGGGCAGUGGGACAAGCUGGAGUGUGUUUCCGAGUGGGACAAGUACCGAGCCUGCCUUGCUCAACAUUUAGAAGACCAACACUUGAGGUCUUUGUUACUGGAACCUGAAGCAUCUGUAUAUUCUAUUAAGGAUGAUACUAACUGCUGAGUGAUGCUAGUGUCGUUUCCCAACGGUAACCUCUAUUUCUCAUCCUUAAGCUCAGUCUUGUAACUGUCAUUUAAUGAUUUGAAAAAGUUAUAAGUUCCAUCUAGCAAGUGUCCAUUUUCAUCUGUGGGCGGGUUCCCAGUGGCUUAUACACUUUCACAACUAUUAUCUUUUGAGAUUGAUUUGUAUAUGUGAAUAUAUUUCUGGCAUUUCUUGUUUUCA